CGUUAAUUGUGCACAGUUAAUAGAUUGAAAGAAACUCAUUGGACUUUGCACAGAUGGUGCACCUGCAAUGAUAGAUAUAAAAAGCUCAAGAAAAAAAAUCCCGCAAUGGUUAGAACACAUUGUGUUAUUCAUCGGCAAGUUUUGACUUCCAAAACAUUGCCACAUAAAUUAUGCCAGACUUUGGACUCGGUUAUAAGGAUUGUAAACUACAUCAAGAGCAGUGCUUUGAACAGUCAGUUAUUUACCUUACUUUGCGAGGAUCUCGAUUCUAAUCACAAAUUUUUUCUGUUCCAUACAGAAGUAUGGCUGUUCAAAGCAACAUGUUGGCUCGCCUUUAUGAAUUGAA